CCGGCAGAUUCGAAUUCGAGGGUUCAUUGGCCAGUCGGAAGUUGUCUGUUACCCGAUAGAGACGGCAACCCUAGGAUAAGACAACAACAUAUUGGGGUCCUUGUCUCAGGCUCGAAAAGUCGAAAAAGGGUUGGACUUUACUUGUCCAGUGAGGGGUCAUUACCCUGAAUUGUUGUUUUAUCGAGUCUAAACCGUAGCCUGAGGCUUGUUACACAAUGCAAGUGUCCAACGCAAACAAUGUCAAGAUAUACUCGGUCACUAGUGCGGCUAGGAGUGCCAUCCCUGACUGGCUGCAAAGGAGGAACGCCAAGAGUCUGAAGAAGGACGAAGAAUGGCGAAGGCGUAUCGAAUUAAUCCAGGACUUCGAGUUCCCUGAAGCGUCAUUGAAGAUAAAGCCGACGAGGGAUGGAAACUACAUAGUGGCCACUGGUGUCUAUCAGCCUCAAAUGAGGGUAUACGAACUGGCACAAAAGUCGAUGAAGUUCGAUCGGCACCAAGACUGCGAGAACGUCCAAUUUGAGAUUUUGUCAGACGACUGGAGCAAAACGGUCAUGCUGCAAUCUGACCGAACGAUUGAGUUACAUACGCAGUUCGGACUGCACUACAAAACGAGGGUCCCAAAAUUCGGAAGGGAUAUGGCAUAUCACUACCCAAGUUGCGACCUGAUGAUUGCUGGAGCGAGUAAUGAAAUAUGGAGGCUGAACCUGGAUCAAGGACGGUUCAUGACAUCGCUGGUUACGGACAGUCCAGCGAUCAACGUGAUGGGCAUCAACCCUGCCCAUCAAUUGUUUGGAUUUGGAGGAGAGAACGGCGUAUUGGAGUUCUGGCACCCAAGGGAAAGGCGGAGACUAGGCACACUAGAUAUAGCAGCCUCCGUAGUGAAGGCGGUGGGAUCGGGCGAGCUGGAGGCAUUCCCCCAAAUCACAGCGCUGAAGUUCUCGGACGACGGAUUGACCUAUGCGGUGGGAACGGCAACAGGACAGGUGCUGACGUACGAUUUGCGAUCGGCCUCGCCAAUGUUCAUCAAAGACCAUCAGUAUGGGUUCCCGAUCAAGUCGCUCAGCAUGCAUUCGUCUGGUAACGUCGUGUCUGCGGAUACCAAAAUCAUCAAGAUUUGGGACAAGUCUACAGGAAAGGCCUUCACGUCGAUUGAGCCUCCAAACGACAUCAACGAUGUGUGCGUGUGGGAUAACUCUGGUCUGAUCAUGGUGGCCAACGAGAGUGUGCAGAUCCAAUCGUUCUACAUUCCCCGACUGGGUCCUGCGCCAAGGUGGUGCGCGUACCUCGACAACCUCACCGAAGAGCUGGAGGAGAAUCCCAACACCAGCGCAUACGACGAUUACAAGUUCGUCACCCGCAAAGAGCUUACGAAUCUCGGACUCGAUCACUUGGUCGGUACGAACGUCCUCAAAGCCUACAUGCAUGGAUUCUUCCUCGAUCUCCGAUUGUACGAAAAAGCAAAAGCGAUUGCGAAUCCUUUCGAGUUCGACGAGUACAAAAAACGCAUGGUGCAGGAGCGCAUCCAAAAGCAACGUGCCAGUCGUAUCUCCGCUGUGCAGAAGCUGCCUAAGAUCAACAGGAAUCUUGCUGUCAAACUCAUGCAGGAUACGAUUUCAGGCAGUGAGGACGAUUCCGAUGACGGUGGGAAGAAAAAUAAGAAGAAACGGAAGACCCAGGCUCUUCAGGACGCAGCGGGCGCAUCCUUCGACAACCCGCUGGGCGAUUCGCGUUUCGAUGCCAUGUUUAAGGAUGAGGCGUUCCAGGUCGAUGAGCUCAGUCACGAAUACAAGUUGCACCAUCCCUCAGAAUCAAAAAUGGCGGCAGCCAGGGCUGCAUUCGCAAAGGUGGAUGACGGCGAGGAGGAUGGGGGCAUGUCUGAUCCUUCUGACCGCAGUGACGGUGACUCUGACAACGAUGAGGACGAUGACAAUGUCUACUCGGAUGAUUCAGAGGACGACCAAAUCCGAUUCACCCGCGCGAAGAAAGCCAAGACCGACGCCAGCGCACGAGGCGGCAAAAGCGGGCCAUCGUUCUACGAGCUCAAAGCCGGCUACAACCCGGCGAAGCCCGCCGAUGGGCAACAACAACGACAACGCGAGUCGCAAGCGAAGCAGGCCUUUGGAGAGCGACUCAAGGAUGAGGCGCAGACGAGUGGGCGGGCGGAUAAGAUUGCACGGACGCGGAGUGGGAACUUCAGUAUUACGUUCAAGCCUGGAGGCGGACGAGAUCGUGAUGAGGAGGACGCCUCAAGAGGCAUGCGCACGACCGACUCAGACAGCGGACGAGGAGGACGUGGGCGAGGUCGAGGGCGAGGCGGGAGUCGCGGUGGAGGCCGUGGUGGAAGCUUCAGCCGUGGUGGCGGCGGCGGCAGUCGGGGAGGCCGCGGAGGAGGUGGUGGUGGACGGGGCGGAGGCAGGGGACGGGGACGAGGGCGUGGUGGGCAUUAGGGCGUCUGCUACCACUUUGCAGAAUUUUUGUUCGUAUUUAACCUCACGCAUGCACAUUAUCAUUAUUCAUUUUGUUUGCAAAUUGCAUUAUUCGUCCAACGCAC